GAAUAGCAUUGUAGCUUUUGCCCAGAAUGGACGCCCAGUUUCAGGGUCGUGCUGCUAUCUGUACACUGAGCCAUGGAGGGCUACAGUAUCUCUGCCACACUAGCAAUAAGAUGCAGGGUACCAGCGACCUACAGAUCCAUGUGACUGAUGCCAGUGACGUUUGGAGUGCUGAUGUGGGUGAGGACGUUCUGGAGGAGUUGAAUACAGAGAACAGUGUUGGAGUUUCACAUACAGAAAAGCUACGAAAUAUCUUCGAACAAAGUCUCCCUCACCUGGAAGUACAAGGAAGCUCAGCUAAAGUAACCAUCCAAAACAGUUCCACAGACGUCGUGACUCUCAAUCUUUUCAAAAUGCCUCUGUCCGAAGCCCGCUCACAUCUGCACACUCUGAUGUUCCAACUGGUUGAUCGUUUAAAGGAUCUGGAAAAGCGUGUAAAAGCUGCUGAGGGAAAUGAUUCUGCAUCAGCCAGUCCUGUGAAACCAUCUCAGAAUAACCAGCAGAUGUUAAUUCCUGAUAUUGAAGCCCGGAAAAAAGGAUACAGCAUAUCUGCAUCUCAGGUCAAGAAGAGAGUUCCUGGUGAAUCACUCAUUAAUCCAGGUUGCAAGAGCAAAAAGAUGGCAAAAGGAGUUGAUUUUGAAGAUGCUGAAGGAACCUUAUAGCUUCUAGGCAAAACGCGUCAGGGAUCUACCAUAACACCUUAAGAUAAUAUCAAUAUUUUGUGCACUGUGAAUGAAGUAGAAGGAUUUUUACUUGAAACCAGAAUGAUAGCAGCCAAUUUUAUUUAUUAAUGACCAAGAGAGCACUGAAAAAAACAACAUAAAUAACAGGAAUAGAGCUCUGUGGGCAUCUGGGGCACCACAAGAACUAGCAUUGUACCUGUACCUGGACAUUUCUACAAUUACCCAAGGCCGAGCUCUCAAAGUCUUACAUUUUGUGCAACCGUUAUUGGUUGGCAGCUUUGUACCUCUGGAACUUUAGUUACUCUGUUAAAUUCUGAUUUUUAUUAAUGAAACCUGGGAUUUACUCUAGCCCUGCCAAGGAGGAACACCCACACUUGACAAAGUCACGUCCACAAGCAACCAAGACACCCCCGAGGAUUCCCUCACACUUGAGACUAAUCAUUGUUUAGGCUCUAGAAAUCUGAAUAAUAAUAGUCUGUAACUUUGCUGUUUAUUAACAAUCUGUGUAAAACAUACAUCAUUUAUAACUUUAAAUAAAUUGAUUAAAUUAUGAAGAUAUAUUUUUCUCACCCUUAAGUACCUAUAACUACUCAUUUGUUUAUAGUACAUAGGUCCUACGUUUGUCUUUGAGGAACCCCAUCAGGAUACUUUUUCAUUCUCUCUCUCUCUCUCUCUCUCUCUCUCGUGGCUUAUAGGUAUAUUUUAAGUGAUGUAUUUGAAAUAAAAUAAUUUACCUGUGUUCCAAGAUAGAGAAGUCAAACUUCUGGCUUGUUUGUAGUCAUCAAGGAUUUAAAGGGACAGUGUACUGUAAAUUUGGUUUCUCCUGAACAUGUUUAUGAUGAGUUGUUAUACCGGCUGCAGUGUUUUAAAAUGUAGGGAAAAUAUCACCUUUAGGUAUAGUUUUGUAUAUGAAAUAGCCUUCUGUUAAUUGAAACCACAACCCAAUGAAAUGGGUUGAGCUAGCAUGGAAAUCGGACCUUAUUAUCUUAUCAAGUACUCCAUAUCUUCUUUAUUACUGUUUACUCAAAGGCCAAUACUUAGAGAGAACAAUGGAAAAUGAACAUUUUAGCACCUCUCUGUCACAACCCCCACUGGGAGCAUUAGCUCAUCUAAACCUUCUUGUUUACAUGUUGUUUUUUUUAACCACAACUUCAGUUCAGAAAAUCCUCUAUUUCAAAUAAAAAAAAUAAAGGAAAAUGAGCUAUUUGUAAACAAUUUAACACACUCCAGUAUGUAAAAUGUAUAAUUGGGAACAAAUUAAAGGGGAGUACACUGUCCCUUUUAAUAUGGAAACUUCUGAUUUUCAGUGGAACAUAGCAGAAUGUUCUGCUUCCUAAAAAGGAAUUGGCAGCUGCCAUUUGUAACAUAAAUAAAUUGUGCAAAUAAAAAUAACCUUUUUUAACCUUUA